AGCUCUUGUAGCUGGCUCGCAAUAUUAUCUCUUGUUUUACAUUCGUGUCAAAAACAAAACGCGUUUUAGUAUCGGGAAACGCUCUCGGGUAUACCGAAUCAACUGAUACUUCGAAAUUCGAUCAUUUUGUUCCAAUUUCUUUUCAAGAAUCAGGAGCUGAAAAGAAGGUCAAUGACGCCUUCUACAACUGGCAAGAUUUUAUUAUGUGCGUUCAGUGUUAUCAUGUUCAUUGACGGCACUGAGGGCCGUUGCCAUGGUUAUGCACCAAAGUGGAAGCCACCAAAGGACAAGGCUUUCCCCAUAUGUGGCGUGGACCUGGUAGAAGGAGCAACAUGCAAGCUGCCCGCUUGGUGCCCCGGUAAUCAAGGUACCUGCUGCCAGAACGAGUGCAUUUGUCCUGGUCGAUAUAAUCCCUGCCUGCUCCCGCAUUCAACUUCUCCCAUGCCAUGUCCUAACACGGCAGCUACUACCACGCCAUGUCCUACCUGUCCUACCACGGCAUCUACUACCACGGCAUCUACCACCACACCUCGAUAUCAUCCUACAAAGCGGCACCGUCUUUAAACGUUUUCCAUUAAAAGCUCA